AUGGCUUUCCAUGGGGCCAAAUUAUCUCUGAUACCUGUCAGUGGACAGUCAUCUGUGCACAACUCAGUCCUGAAUCAGGCGAUCAUGGGCAGAGCCUGUGUUGGGAUCAGCAACUCCAUCUCCAGAGAUAAAAGAGCCCAGGAGAGAGUCCUGGUGCAGGGAAAGGAGCCAAGCGUGGAGGAUAGGCGACAUGGGUCCUGGUAUGAGCAGUGUGUGCAGCCCUGCCUGGUUGAACUGCUGGGCUCUGCUCUCUUCAUCUUCACUGGGUGCCUGUCAGUCAUCAAGAACAAGCCAGAAACCGGGCUGCUGCAACCGGCCCUGACCCACAGGCUGGCCCUGGGCCUCAUCAUUGCGGUGCUGGGGAAUAUCAGCGGUGGACACUUUAACCCUGCCACAUCCCUAACGGCCAUGCUGAUUGGAGGCCUCAACCUGAGGAUUCUCCUUCCUGACUGGAUCUCCCAGCUGUGUGGAGGGCUGAUUGGAGCCAGCCUGGCCAAGGUGGUGAGUCCAGAGGAGAGGUUCUGGAAUGCAUCUGGGGCAGCCUUUGUUCAGGAGCCAGGGCAGGUGGCAAGGGCAGUGUUGGCAGAGAUUGUCCUGACCGUACUGCUGGCAUUGGCUGUCUGCAUGGGCACCAUCAACAAGAAAAUACGGGGCCCUCUGGCCCCAUUGUCCAUUGGCUUCUCCAUCACUGUGGAUAUUUUGACAGAAGGUUUUGUAUCUGGAGCCUACAUGAAUCCUGCCCAUGCCUUUGGACUUGCUGUGGUGGCCAACCACUGGGACUUCCACUGGAUCUACUGGCUGGGCCCAUUCUUGGCCAGCCUGCUCGUGGGAGUGUUCAUCAGGUUCUUUAUUGGAGAUGGGAAAACUCACCUCAUCCUAAGGGGAUGGUAA